CCUCCCUCCGCUCCUUCCUCCACCUCAGCGGCCCUGUGUGGUUCAGACAGGAACAAUAUGGCGCCGGGAGGAGCGUUAGCAUCGGGACCAGUCGUUGUCUGAGAGACUGGUGAUCCGGCAGGAUGAACCUCUGUGCCCAGUACCUCCGACAGGCAGAGGCCCUGAAAGCUGACAUGACAGAUUCAAAGCUGGGGGCAGCAGAGGUGUGGACGUCCCGGCAGGCCCUGCAGGACCUUUACCAGAAGAUGCUGGUGACAGACCUGGAGUAUGCUCUGGACAAGAAGGUGGAGCAGGACCUGUGGAAUCAUGCUUUCAAGAACCAGAUCACCACGCUUCAGAGCCAGGCCAAGAACCGAGCCAACCCCAACCGCAGCGAGGUCCAGGCCAACCUGUCGCUGUUUCUGGAGGCUGCUAGUGGCUUCUACACACAGUUACUGCAGGAGCUGUGCACCGUGUUCAACGUGGACCUGCCCUGCCGCGUGAAGUCGUCUCAGCUCGGCAUCAUCAGCAAUAAGCAGAGCAACACCAGCGCCAUCGUCACCCCUCAGCCCAGCUCCUGCUCCUACAUCUGCCAGCACUGCCUCGUCCAUCUCGGCGACAUCGCUCGAUAUCGUAACCAGACCAGCCAGGCCGAGUCCUACUACCGGCACGCAGCUCAGCUGGUUCCAUCUAACGGUCAGCCCUACAACCAGCUGGCCAUCCUGGCCUCCUCUAAAGGAGACCACCUCACCACCAUCUUCUAUUACUGCCGCAGCAUUGCAGUCAAGUUCCCUUUCCCAGCAGCCUCCACCAACCUGCAGAAGGCUCUGUCCAAGGCUCUGGAGAGUCGCGAUGAAGUGAAAACCAAGUGGAGCGUGUCCGAUUUCAUCAAGGCCUUCAUCAAGUUUCAUGGUCACGUCUACUUGAGUAAGAGUCUGGACAAGCUGGACGGCCUGAGAGAGAAACUGGAGGAGCAGUUUCAGAGGCUGAUCCUGCAGAAAGCCUUCAGCUCUCAGCAGCUCGUCCACAUCACCGUCAUUAACCUGUUUGAGCUGCACCACCUCAGAGACCUGACGGCUGACGGCAGCGAGCAGAGCUACAGCAGCGAGCAGCAGAUCAGCUGGUUCCAGCUCCUCGGCCUUUUCAUGUCCUUCCUGGGCGUCAUGUGCAGCCGCGUUCUGCUCAACAAAAACCGCGGGGAGGAGAUCAUGGGCGAGUGUCCGCUGCCGGCCAUCAAGGUGUCGCUGGACUGGCUCAAACUGAGGCCCAGCGUUUUCCACGAGGCCGCUGUUGUUAAACGGCAGUACGUUUGGCCCUGGCUCGUGUCCAUUCUCAACAGUUUCCAGCCCAAAGAGGACGACCUGUCCUGCUCCUCAGUCACACCCUUGCCUGAGGAGUUUGAGCUGCAGGGUUUCUUGGCUCUCCGUCCUGCUCUGAGGUGUCUGGACUUCACCAAAGGACAUCAGGGCAUCCUGGUGGACCGGGACGGCCUGCCGGUGCAUGCCCGACACCAGAGACUCAUCGGCCUGGGCAAAUGGGUGGCCGACAGCCAGCCGGGACUGAUCCAGUGCAGAGUGAGCGAGGACGGCCUCCUCGUCUUCAUGACUGACAUUCCAGAGCAGGCCAUUGAGGAGCCGCAGGAGAAGGAGGUACCCGUGCUGCAGGAGUCGUUAAAUGGCGAGCAGACGGCCAACGACGGCGGCAAUUCUGGCCUGAAGUCCGUGCUUUCGGUGGGGAAGACUCAGAGCUCGUGGCCCGACAGCAGCGACCGUCCAGUCGUCACUUUCAAAGAGAACAUCAAACCCAGAGAGCAGAGCCGCGACCCCACAAGAAACCACCAUCAGAAAGACGGUGGCAAGGAGCGCCGAGACUUCUCCAAAGGCAACGGGGCCGCUGGGAAAGGAGAGCUGAAGAGGGACGGUAAGAGGAAGAGCGAGCUGAAGAAGAGCGUCCAUGAGAAAACGGCCGAUGCUGGAAAACAGGUGAAGGCACAGACAGAGCUGAGGAAGACUCCGGUGUCUGAGGCUAAGAAGACUCCUGUCACUCAGACUCAAACCACCUGCUCCUCCCAGUUCAUCCCCAUCCAUCAUCCAGGAGCCUUCCCGCCUCUGCCCAGCAGACCCGGUUUCCCUCCCUCAGCCUAUGUGAUCCCUUCUCCCGUGGCUUUCCCUGGACUCCAGGUGAAUCCGGGCUUCACCUUCUCCACCGGUGUGUCCGUCCCAGGUCCUUUCCUCCAGCAGCCUGUCCACACCCAGGCGGGCACCCAGGUCCAAGCUGGGAAGCAGUCUCACAUUCCCUACAGUCAGCAGAGGCCCUCGGGGCCGGGUCCCGGUCAGGGGCCGGGAUCCUCGGGACACGGCCCUUCCCAGGCUCAGCAGGGCCAGACUCAGACUCCCUCCCAGCAGGCCUUGCAGCAGUCAGUCCAGCUGACGAUGAGUCAGCAGCAGUCACCCACCAAACCGGUCCAGCAGGUUGGGAUGGGAAAGAGUCCACCUCACCACCCGGGACUGCAGCAGUACAUGCAGGUCCAGGAGCAGUCGACUCACAUGUGGAACCAGGCCCAGGCGGCCCUGCAGAAGGUGUCUCCCAUGCAGAUGCCCAUCAAGCAGCCUCAACAGCAGAAGCAGCAGCAGCAGGCCUUCUACAUGGCGGCUCAGGAUCCUCUGAAGAUGUACGAGCACCAGCUGCAUUCGUCGGCUCAGGUCUCCAGCAUGGACAAGAAGAUGAAGUACCCUGACGUGAAGUUACAGGACUUCUACUGGGACUCGCCUUACAGGAUCGGGGACAGCCUGGCUGUGCUGGCCGACAGGAUGAAGAGGCCAUCGCCGGGGGGUAUCUGCUCAGAGCAGGAUGGCCCCGGGCCCCGGGGACCCCCGUUUGAGCUGCCAAACCAGACCCGAGUGGACAGCGGCCCCGAGGUCAUCAGCCAGUCGUCCUCUCUGCUGCCCAUCCCCGGCUUCCCCAUGCAGGAGUACAACCAGAACAGCAUCUUCAGUCAGGCCUACGGUAAAAACCUGCCACCCAGCUCCAAGCCCGACGCUCCCAUGGUGCACCAGGAGACGUCCCUUUACACGCUGUUUGAAGGCACCCCGUGGUCCCCCUCCCUCCCCGCCAGCUCAGAUCACUCCACGCCGGCCAGCCAGUCUCCUCACUCGUCCAAUCCUAGCAGCCUGCCGUCUUCCCCUCCAACCCACAACCACGGAGCCAUGCCUUUCUCCAACUUUGGGCCCAUCGGGACUCCGGACAACCGGGACCGCAGGGGAAUGGACUGCUGGAAGGCCAACAAGAGUGGAGCAGUCGGCGGAUUCGGUCUGGACUACCUGCCAACCGCGGCCUCCUCUGCAGCAUCAGACAGCAGCUGGCAUCAGGCUGGAUCGACGGGCAGCUCCUGGACCAAUCAGGACUCUCCGAUGGAGGAGUCGUCCUCCACUGUGCUGCUUGACAGCCUCAAGUCAAUCUGGUCGAGCUCCAUGAUGCAGCCGGGCCCGUCGGCACUGGAGCAGCUCCUCCUGCAGCAGAAGCAGAAGCAGCAGCGAGGUCACGGCGCCAUGAACCCGCCUCACUGAACGGCAGCGCGAGGCGGCGCUUUGUGUCCGGACGUCAACAAUCCACCACCAGGAGAAACGGAGGGGAAAAAAACCACAGAAGUUUGACGAAAACAAGCUCCAACUCAAAUUAAACCGGCGAGAAACGGUGGAGGCUGGGGAGGCGACACGACCCCCCGACGAGGCUGAAUCACCACCCCCACCCCCCUCGGCUGUCGAGGAGCGGUGACGCCCCUCCUGGAUCGGAGGGCGCGGGAUCUCUUCGACCGCGGUGCCACGCACCACGCCACCGCCGGGUUUCAUUCAACCGGUGGAAAUCUGAACAUUGAGGAACCACCCCCUUUCACAUCACUGCCCCCCCCAGUUUUGGACAGACGCCACAUCUCCACGAACUCGUCAUCUGGAAGAACUUCUUCUUCUUUCUUUGCAAAAAGAUUAAAAAAAUUAAAACGGAAAAAAGAACGACCUCCUGGACGUCUGCUCGGUCCCGAUGGAGAGCCGGUUUUUAGAGUCUCCGCCGCCGCUGUAGACUGAAGCGGGGCCGUUCGAGAGCCAGAAUGGUGUGGUUGUCGGGUUUGGGGGGAGGCCAGGUGACACACGGGGGGGGGGGGUCAAACAAGACUGGACUUUCUGAUCUCCAUUCAUUUUCAUUACUGGAGGAGGGAGGAAGGAAGGAAGGAAAGUUUGGUUUCAGCUAUAUAAAUAUAUACAUGAAUAUAUAUUGCCAUAGUUGGACUUGUCUUAGCCGUGAGAAUCAGGACUGGACGUUGUGAAGCCGGGUGUAACGCCUCCCGGGCUGAGCGCUCGCUUGUGUCGGUGCCCGACGACCGGGUGGCUUCACCAUGAACAUCGCAGGAAAGACGGAGGAAAGAUCAUAAACACCCUGUCGACCGUAGGGAUAGUGUCACUGUUAGCUUCAAGAGAUUGCAGUUAUUAACAAAAAACACAAAAAAAUAGAAACUGUACUUUGUGAUUUGUUCGUAGCCGUUUUAGCUUUGCGCCCUCCGAGGUGAUACAGGUAUGUCUAUUAGCUUCCUGCUUGGAUAUUUUCGGGGUUCUCUUCCUCUCUGACCUCUUCUUCCUGUUAUUUCUUUACGUAAUGAAGAAAAAAUGGAAAUAUGUAACCCUGCUUGCUUAACUGCAUUUACUGUUUGUUUUUGUUGCUCUUCUUCACUGGUUUUAAGCAGCUCGCCCAGAAUGUUUUCUAUUAUCCUUUCUUGGAAAAGCCAAUUGCAGCUUGAUGCUGUACAGCAAAUUUGUUUUUUUUAUUAUUAUUAUUAUGGAACGGGGCAUCUGGAGACCCUGUAGCUCUGCUUUUAUUGAACCUGUGAGUGAAGCCCCGCCCCCUUCAGUGUAAAGCCACCCUAACCAGACUCAAAAGCUACCAAGUAAUAACGGGAAAAAUCUGCUAAAAAAGUGUAUUUGAUUACUGGUUAAUCUGCGGGUUCCUGUAGGCCAAAAAAUAUUUCACAGUUUUGCUGUAAAAUACAGAAAUAUUUAGUUUAAUGACAUAAAAAUAAAAAAAAUGCAGAAGGUGGUCUGGAGUUAAGGACACGCUGAGUAACUCGCUCAUUACAGGCAGAGUAAAAUAUGAAGCAAUUAAGAAAUUAAUUAUUUUAAUGAAGAAUCUAUUUUCUUUAUUUAAUCAGUGAAUCAUUUGUGAAAACUAAAAAUUCCUUCAGUGUUUCGUUUCCCGCUGCUUCUAACCAAUCCUGUAAGAGCUGCUCAGUUUCCUGUGACUGACAGAAAAAAGGCGGCGCUCUCAUCGGUCCUUCGCUGUUGCUGCUCUCCUUUCAUUCUUUAAGGGUCUAAAGAUUCAUUUGAUUUUUCUUCUAACGAACCUGCAACAUGCAACGUUGUUCAGAAAAAAUGUAAAACGUCUAACUUGCUGAUGAACGGACUUCUUGUUGCUUUCGCUUCAUUUGAAAGAAGGUUCACCUGCAGCCCAGUUUGAUCUCACGCCAGUAAAACCAGAGCAUAUAUUUAAAACAAAUUUUUUUGGUUCAGUGAAAAGAAGUAGUGAAACCUUGCGAAAACAAAUCUUUGAGUAAUUGAGAGCAAAUCACGAGCAGCCUGACGGCUCUGCAGGGAAACUAAUUCUGCUUUAAACAUUAAACUUUAGUUCCAAACACCAACGUUAGUAUUUCACUUGUUUAUUAAUCAGCAGUGCAGUUUAUUGAAAACGUGUAAUUAUGAAGGUCUUUGCUGCAGUUUCACUUUUCAGAGGAGUGCGGGGGUGGGGGGGGGGGGGGGUCGGACCCGUGGGAAAGAAAAACCACCACAGAGUCCACGUGAAACUUUGGAUCUGCAGACUGUGUGCUUUGUUUCAUCACCUAAGGAUUUAGCCCCAAAUAGGUUUCACUGUUUGUUUCGUUUAUCCAAAUAAUCGUGAGGUUCCAAACUGACGGGGAAAAACAGGAUAACUCAUUAACUCUCCUCUGAAACAUCGUUCAGGCCACCAGUGAUGAUCUGAGGUUUCAGGGCUGCAAUGCGUUUGACUUAAACGUGAAAAUGUUGUCUUUCAAAUGAAGUCUCGUACGCUAACUUUGACGUCACGGUUUUCUGUGCUCGGAUGUCGGGAACGUUUGCCUGUGAGUGGCAGGAUCUUAAACAGAUUUAACGUUGCCAUGACAUCAAACAGUUUCUCCUCAUGAAUACUGAAACGUUUUUCUGUCCUGUGACCUCUGAGCUAAAGUGAAGUUGAACCAUUGAGCUCAAGCUGCCCUCAAGUGAUAACGAUAAGCUCCUCCUCUGCUUGUGAUUGGUUUUCACGACACGGCGUGAAGCAGGUGUUCUGACAGAUUGAAAUAACUGGCAUGGUUUGCAAAUCAUCGGCUGGCCUGUGUUUGCUUUGACUUUGUGAUCACGCUGUGGGAAAACUCAGGAUCUGAUGUGAACGCAUCACGUUAGGAGCUGAAAAAGGGUCACGGCUCAGUUUUUAUCAGCCAUAAAAUAAAAGUGGCCAGUGCGGUAUCAUCAGCAGACUUGUUUCUAUAUUUACCCUUUAAAAAGAUAAAUACUAAUUUCCAAACUGAGGCACUGAACUCAGACCCUUCCCCCGGCUCUGGGCAGGGUAAUGAUGACCUGCUGGAUGUUAAUCGCUUCGUUACUGUGGCUCGCCCUUCAUUAAAGGAAGCAGGUAGAGGUUAGACUGCAGGUGUCUUGUUUUUUAUAUUUUUGCCGUUGUAUUUAACCGCUUUAAAACAACAAGCCAAACUCGAUCCUCGUCCAUCUUUAAGUAGAUUUUUAGGUCUAAACGAGUUCCCGGGAAGGUUCGUGCGGUGGGAACGGGCGGAUGCUGGAUUUGGGGGCGUCUGUGGCGUCACGCUGUCAUUAUUUUAGAGAGACAGCUGGCUAAUCAGGAUGCCAGGCUUUAGCAGGAUGUGACAGUUUGAACCGACAGGAAACAGUUUUCCAUGUUUAGAAAAUAAAGUUCUGAGGAGGAAGAAAUAAAGCCUGUUUUUAUUUUCCUGGUGGGGCAUUUUAUGAAAGCAGACUUCAGAGAGACGUGUCUAUUCUCUGUGUGAUUGUGCUUUUCAUGUUGCAUUUACAAAGUGUAUUUGAACAAUAAUAAAGAUAAAAUAUUCCUGAACGCGAGAGCUAAUUCGACCAGAAGGGUCAUGGAGAGGAAUGCUCUUUGUUUUCGUGUCAGAAGCUCACCACGUAGAUCUCUGCUGACUCUCAUUUGAGUAACUUGAUGUACUCGGAUCGUCGAUGACAUUCCACUCGGAGAUGUUUGGGAGGCUUCAGGGCGACGGGUCCUCGUCGGUUUGUGCUCUGACAGCAGACAUGUAGUCACGUUUGAGAUCUGAGCUUUACUUUAAGGCUUUUUGUGUUUCUGUCUCUCUGUAGACUUUCAGAAAAGAUGGAAUCAGACUUUAAAUAAAAACCAACUAUGUUCUCCUUUAA